AUGUGGGAGCGGGUCAGGAGGGCUCUGCUGAACUCGCUGUCCACGACCUUCCUGCGUGUCUGGAAGUGGGUACAAGCUUUCUGGUGUAAAAAUGGCCUCCUGACCCUGUCGAUGCUGUCGGUUGCCACCGGGUGCCUCCUGGGGUUCCUGCUGCGGGCGCUGGAGCUGACGGAGCUGGAGAAGCAGUAUUUUUCCUUUCCUGGAGAGCUCCUCAUGAGGAUGCUGAAGAUGCUGAUCCUGCCCUUGAUCACCUCCAGCCUCAUGUCCGGGCUGGCCACCAUGGACUCUAAGGCCUGUGGGAAGAUGGGGGUGAUCACCAUCACCUACUACCUUUGGACAACCUUCAUGGCAGUGACCGUCGGCAUCAUCCUCGUGGUCAGCAUCCACCCCGGCGCAGCUGCCCAGAAGGACAACUACUCUGUGGGGAAAGUAGUGCUCAGCUCUGCCGAUGCAUUACUGGAUUUAAUCAGAAACAUGUUCCCUUCUAAUCUCAUCGAAGCUUCAUUCCAGCAGUAUCGAACUGUUCUUGUCCCGGUGGUGAAAUCUCCCGGCUUUCCAAAGAUCCCAGGGAAAUCUCUCAGUUUUAUUUACUUUGCACCUGACGAUGAAAACCCUGAAAUUCAUCGGCCUGUGUUCCUGGAGCUGACACCGUCACCUGAGAUGACCUACAGGACCCUGCCCGGGACCAGCAACGAGAUGAACGUCUUGGGAAUCGUCAUCUUCUCAGCAACGAUAGGACUUCUCCUGGGGAAAAUGGGCGAGCGAGGAACUCCGCUGGUUAACGUGUGCCAGUGUCUGAACGAAGCAGUUAUGAAAAUCGUCUCGAUGGCAGUUUGGUACUUCCCCUUUGGCAUUGUAUUUCUCAUUGCUGGAAAGAUCCUGGAGAUGGAAGAUCCAUCGGUUAUCGGACAGAAGCUGGGACUAUAUGCCAUUACAGUGGUGUCAGGGCUGGUCAUCCACGGACUUGUUCUCCUACCUCUGCUUUUUGUGCUCAUCACCAAGAAAAAUCCUUUUGCUUUCAUUCAGGGGAUACUGCAAGCCUUGCUGAUCGCCUUAGCUACAUCAUCCAG